GAACUUGAGAUACGACACCUCUCUCUCUCUCAAGUUUCAGAAUCCCAAUCCUAACCCUGAUUCUAAUGUAACACAAAAGGUUUUAUUACUGUCUGCGGUAAUAUGGCUUCUAAUAUGAUGUGGAAGCAGCAAAGCCGAGGGUGGACCGAAGACAUCUCUCCCUCUCUCCCUCUCUCGCCUGUACAUUUGUUUAUGAAUUUCCGUAAAGAUGCAUGGCAGAGACAGCAGGGGCAGCAGAGCAGAGCAGAGCAGACGCAGAAGCGACAGAGGUCCAGUCAUAAUAAGAGCAGAGUCAGGGGAGAGAGGGGGAGCUGGGUGGCAGUGUUAUCAUCAGAGCCAUUAGUUUUAUCCACGCACUGACCCAAGAUUCUGCAGCCAAAGGGCCCUGCAAUUCUGCAAAUACGCCCUUCAAAGCUUCCAUCCCAACAGUAACAACAGCAAAUCCUCUCCCACUCUCUCUCUCUCUGAAAAUCUUUUAAGAAUUUGUUCUUCUAAUUCUAUCCCCCCCCCCCUAGUCUUCUUCUUCUUCUUCUUGGUCUUUCUGUGGAGCAUCUCUUGCUCUUCCACAAGUAUGAUGAACGCAAGGAAUAGGUCCCCUUUCACAGCAGCUCAGUGGCAAGAGCUCGAACACCAGGCUCUCAUCUUCAAAUACAUGGAGUCAGGAGCUCCCGUCCCCCCUGAUCUCAUCUACCCUUCCAAGAGAAGCCUAACUUUGGACUCUUCAAUGUCUUCCAGGCUAUUCCCUCACCAACCCAUUGGGUGGGGCUGUUUUCAGAUGGGUUUCGGCAGGAAAACAGACCCAGAGCCAGGGAGGUGCAGAAGAACAGAUGGGAAGAAAUGGAGGUGCUCCAAGGAAGCAUUCCCAGACUCAAAGUACUGCGAGAGGCACAUGCACAGGGGCAAAAAUCGCUCAAGAAAGCCUGUAGAAGUUAUGUCAACAACCAAUAACCCUUUAUCAAUAUCCAUCUCAUCAUUCAACAGUAACAUCUGCUCUUCCACCCCCACGCCCACUCCCAACCCUAACCCGCCUCCUUAUUCUCUCUCCUCACUUUCUUCAUCAUCAAUGGCUUCUGCAGAAACCCAACAUUUCCAUCACCACCCUAAUUACCAAAACCCGCCAGAUCUUUACCCAUUUCUGUAUCCUCAUUCAUCAUCUUCUACAACCCCAUGCACUUAUCCAUCACCUCAAUCUAAUACUACCCACAACCUGUUUUUUGACUCCGGGCCCUACUCCCAGGCAGCUGAUAAGGAUUACAGGUAUUUUCAGGGAAUGAGGGAGGGCGCGGAUGAGAGAGCCUUCUUCCCAGAAGCCUCGGGAAAUGUGAAAAGCCUAAAUGAUGCAUACUACACGCCAUUGACAAUGAGUUCCUCUAAGGGCUACUCCAAGUUAGAGUACCAAAGCCUCACUGAUGACUCCAAACAGCAGCAGGAGCAGCAGCAAGAGCAGCAUUGUUUUGUUAUGGGUACGGAUUUCAAAUCAGCGAAACCAACGAAGGGAGAUGGGGAAAGAGAAAGAGAAGCCCAGAAGCCGCAACAGUACCACUUCUUCACAGACUGGCCGCUGAAGAACAGAGACUCCUGGCUUGAUCUUGAGGAGGACCCCUCCACCCACGCGUCAUUCUCCACAACCCAGCUGUCCAUUUCCCUUCCAAUGUCCUCACAAGACUUCCUUGCCUCCAAUUCCAGAGUCCACACUGGUAAUCGAAACGUCUCAGAUCAAAGACUUCUGGAUAUUGAUUGUUUUGGGUGCUCUAACUAUUUAUGUUCUCUCUCUUUUUUUUUUUUAUAAAAACUUGGUUUUGUUUGUGCAGCUGGAUGAAGUCCGGACGUAUUUUCAAGCCAUGGACAAAAGAGUACAAUUAGGUGUGCGUCAGUGCCUCUCUAGUCUCUUCCUCCUUGGUUUUGUGCUGGAGGAAAUGCUUAAUUGUGUUCUGCUGGUGGAUUGCUGAUGAAUAGUGUAGGGUCGCAGGAAGUUUUCUGUCUUGCGCUUUUCUUGAUUCUCGUUUCUGCUUUGCUCCCCCCAUGGAGAAACAUGUUUGGGAUUUGUAGGCUUGUUUUGUUUGACUGAAAAUAUCGAUCUUGUAUGCUUUUGGGGUCUCCAUCCUCCCAAUUCCCAUAGUGGGGGAGCAGUAUUAAGCAUCUUUUCUUUCAGCUUCUUCGUGCCUAUUCUGAUCCAGGUCGAGGGACCCAACUGAGUACAUAAAUAAAUGGCUUUAGCUCAUUUGUCACCAUCAAAUUUCCCCAGCUUAACCUGAAAAGUGAUGGGGACCCCCUUUGCUUUCAUCAGAGGACAGGAUAUGUAUUAUGUAAUGUAAGCGCUUUUGAAUCA